CUGGCCGAGCCAGCCAAUCGCAUUGCGCGGAAGAUCCGCGCGCCCGCGCGCGCCCGCGCGCGCGCCUCGGGUCCGCCCCCGGGAAGCCCCCGCCCCCUCCCUCCCCGCGGCGAGGCACGCACAGGGCUGUGCGCGAAUGGGCAGGCCUAGCAGCGCGGCCUGACUAGACUGUGGCGGCGGGAGUCUGCGGUAGUUCUCUGGGCGGUGGACCAGGCGGUACGCACGCGGUGCAGGGUAACAUGGCGGAUGCGGAAGUAAUUAUUUUACCAAAGAAACAUAAGAAGAAAAAGGAGCGGAAGUCAUUGCCAGAAGAAGAUGUAGCUGAAAUACAACAUGUUGAAGAAUUUCUUAUCAAACCUGAAUCCAAAGUUGCUAAGUUGGACACGUCUCAGUGGCCCCUUUUGCUAAAGAAUUUUGAUAAGCUGAAUGUAAGGACAACACACUAUACACCUCUUGCAUGUGGUUCAAAUCCUCUGAAGAGAGAGAUUGGGGACUAUAUCAGGACAGGUUUCAUUAAUCUUGACAAGCCCUCUAACCCCUCUUCCCAUGAGGUGGUAGCCUGGAUUCGACGGAUACUUAGGGUGGAGAAGACAGGGCACAGUGGUACUCUGGAUCCCAAGGUGACUGGUUGUUUAAUCGUGUGCAUAGAACGAGCCACUCGGUUGGUGAAGUCACAACAGAGUGCAGGCAAAGAGUAUGUGGGGAUUGUCCGGCUGCACAAUGCUAUUGAAGGGGGGACCCAGCUUUCUAGGGCCCUAGAAACUCUGACGGGCGCCCUAUUCCAGCGACCCCCACUUAUUGCUGCAGUAAAGAGGCAGCUCCGAGUGAGGACCAUCUACGAGAGCAAGAUGAUUGAAUAUGAUCCUGAAAGAAGAUUAGGUGGGUCAUUAGGCCGGGGAGGAACUAUGGCUGCUUUUCAGGACCACAUGGUGACAAUGCACGAUGUGCUUGAUGCUCAGUGGCUGUAUGAUAACCACAAGGAUGAGAGUUACCUGCGGCGAGUUGUUUACCCUUUGGAAAAGCUGUUGACGUCUCAUAAACGGCUGGUUAUGAAAGACAGUGCAGUAAAUGCCAUCUGCUAUGGGGCCAAGAUCAUGCUUCCAGGUGUUCUCCGAUAUGAGGAUGGCAUUGAGGUCAAUCAAGAGAUUGUGGUUAUCACCACUAAAGGAGAAGCAAUCUGCAUGGCUAUUGCGUUAAUGACCACAGCAGUCAUCUCUACCUGCGACCAUGGUAUAGUAGCCAAGAUCAAGAGAGUGAUCAUGGAGAGAGACACUUACCCUCGGAAGUGGGGUUUAGGGCCAAAGGCCAGUCAGAAGAAGCUGAUGAUCAAGCAGGGCCUUCUGGACAAGCACGGGAAACCAACAGACAGCACGCCUGCCACCUGGAAGCAGGAGUAUGUUGACUACAGUGAGUCUGCCAAGAAAGAGGUGGUUGCUGAAGUGGUAAAAGCCCCACAGGUAGUUGCUGAAGCAGCAAAAACUGCGAAGCGGAAGCGAGAGAGUGAGAGUGAAAGUGACGAGACCCCUCCAACAGUUCCUCAGUUGAUCAAGAAGGAAAAGAAGAAGAGUAAGAAGGACAAGAAGGCCAAAGCUGGUCUGGAGAGUGGGGCCGAGCCUGGAGAUGGGGACAGUGAUACUCCCAAAAAAAAGAAGAAGAAGAAGAAAGCAAAAGAGGUAGAAUUGGUUUCUGAGUAGCGAAGGCCAUUUAAAGCAUUGUGUCCAGCUGGGAGAAGAAACUAAAGCCUUAUUGAGAAAACACGUUAUAGAUCCUUUUGUUGCUGAGAGAGUGGAACAUAGGUUCUAGACAGGAUGGAGACUUCUGGCACAUUUUAGCUGCUACUUUGAGACCUCGGUGAUGUUACCUGGUGUGGUCAUCCCAUCUUGUCCUGUUUUAAGGAUAUGGGUGAUGAAAGAUGAAAGGUUUAUUCCAAUGACUUCUCCGUUUGAGUUGGGAAGCCUCACCUUCAGACCCAGUAACUGUUGGCAGCUGUCUGCUAGUGGCUGUUUUAACAUCGUAGUCCUAGUUUGCAGUUUUUUCCCCUCUGUCUAAAAGGUUUGUAAAAAAA